AUGUUAUUAUUCUUUAUCUUAGGAUGCAAAUGUAUUGAAAAUUUAUUUUUGUAUACAAUAAAAGAAAGAAACAGGGCCUAUAUUCUUUUAUUUAUUCAUAAAGAUAUUUAUGGUGAUUAUGAUAUAAGUCUAAAGAUAAAAGAUGGAAAAUAUAAAAUUAAUAAAAAACCGCUCUAUUUAAAUGACGGUAACAAAAUGUAUUUCUAUGAAAAAGUUGCAAAGAUGUUUUUUAAACCUGUAUUUAAUCCUGAUGACUAUGUCAUGAGAAUCUCAGACUACAUUUCAACUAAAAUUCCUAUAAUAAGUACAUCUCUGUUAUUUAUACCGUUAAGAUUUCAUUUAGUUGAAAUUGAACGGUUGAUUAUUGGUCAAGAUUUUGCAUCUUCUCGUUAUUAUACAUUUUCUGAUAAGAGGCUACUGAUUAAUUAUUAUAUUGCAAAAUGUUUGCGAUCACUAAAUCAUCUUGACCAUAUUUGUAUCAACUUCCCCGUCCCAAAAACAAUUUAUGAAUUCAAAAAUUCUAUUUGCUAUUUACGAGAUAUUUAUUUGAGAGCUGAAUAUUUGAGAGAGGCUUAUAUAAAAUUUAUUAACGACGUUAGAAAUUAUGAUGUAAACGAUUGA